GUCGUAGCUUUUUUACUUCGAUGCGCUGAAAGCAACACUAUUUUCAAAUAUAAAAAGAAAAUGCGUAAAUGGUUUCGUUCAUUCUCUGGUGUAUUGGAAAUACUAAACUCCAUCGUUUUCAUGUCUUCACAAUCUGCCAGUUUCCAGCUCAGCAGUUUCCCAAGCACUAUAAGCGAGCUACACCAAUUAAAUGGACCAUAUCUUGUCGGAACUCUGGAACACUCGGCCGCUUGCUACAGCCGUUCUCAGGCCGCUUGUGUUUCCAUGAAUAUUUUGCGGCUCACGCAGCACUUGCAGUGAAUUAAACUGAGUAGACUAUUGGGGUCCAGAGAGAGUCUGCUCGCUCUGAGCUCAUUAGGCCGAGCAUUAAGAAGAACCUAAUUUUUAUUGAUGACUAAAAUGGAGGAGUAUCAGGCAGUUGCCGUACUGAGCAGCUGCAUCGCCGUGCCGUAUUUAGCUCUCCAGAGAGACCCGAGUGCGCUGGCGGUGUUGGUCAAAAUUUUGCCCUGCCUUUUCUUCUUUUUGCACCUCUGCAAAAAACAUUCACUAGAGAAACGAGGGAAAAUCGAGUCAAGUUUUCAGGAAGCUUUGCUCGAGCUUCUCGGUUUGGGAUCAAACGCGCCGGGGUCUCAGAAGCAGCAGAGGUCGACACCGUCUAAGCAAGGCGGAGGACAUGCGAAGAAGGCGGCGAAGGAGCUGCGGCGGGACAGCCUCAGGACCGGCGUCGCCAGAGGCUUGGUCUUCUCCUUGAUUGGAGACGCGUUCCUCGUCUGGAUUGACGAAGAGGCGAUGUUCCUGAUUGGCAUGCUGGCGUUUGGCGUGGCUCAGCUUUGGUACAUCAAAGGCCUGGGCUUCGUAAACGUGAACUACUUGCGUGGAGUUGGUCUCUACGUCUCACUUCUCGCCGUGACUGCGUUCCUACUACGAGACUCGCCUCUGACAUUCCGAAUUGCUGUUCCCUUCUACGCACUGCUGCUCAUCACCUCGCUCUGGAGGGCCAUUGACAGGUGCGGUGAAGAUGACGGCAGGUCGGCGCAGCAACGCCGCAGCUCAGCGCUGGGCGCUGCGGUCUUCGUGGCCUCGGACACCUGCAUCGCCGUCACCAAGUUUGCCGUCGCCGUGAACCCCGCCAUCGCCAGCGCUGCCAUCCACACUACAUACUACCUGGCCCAGGCCCUCAUCACCUUAGGGGCCGCCUAGCCCCUACCACCUGGCCCAGGCCCUCAUCACCUUAGGGGCCGCCUAGCUCCUACCACCUGGCCCAGGCCCUCAUCACCUUAGGGGCCGCCUAGCUCCUACCACCUGGCCCAGGCCCUCAUCACCUUAGGGGCCGCCUAGCUCCCGCCACCUGGCCCAGGCCCUCAUCACCUUAGAGGCCGCCUAGCUCCUACCACCUGGCCCAGGCCCUCAUCACCUUAGGGGCCGCCUAGCUCCUACCACCUGGCCCAGGCCCUCAUCACCUUAGGGGCCGCCUAGCUCCUACCACCUGGCCCAGGCCCUCAUCACCUUAGGGGCCGCCUAGCUCCUACCACCUGGCCCAGGCCCU